UUCCAUCUCCAGCGUGAAAGCCAGACAAAAGUAUCUCGGGUUGAAGUUUUGCUAUUUUUGUGUGGCUUAUCCUUCUCGUCUGUCUUUAAAAAUCCUGCAAAAACCCACGCCCAAACAUAAAUAUUGUUUCGUAUAAUCUUACAAUACAGUUCUGGUUGUGUCGCGAAGUAAAAGAGAGAGUUUCGAGUUUCUCCUGGUCUGAAUGAGCUCCCAAUGCCUUCUCUAGAUAUUGCUACCAUCCAACCUUCUUUGCAAGCUCAUCUUGUUCCAUUGGGGGCUCAGAGUAUUAUCAUCCAUGCCAAAACCCUACGUAACCCAUGGAGACAAUCCACUUUCUCCAAGAGUUUGAAAUUCUACAAUGGCCAUCUUCAUGUACCAAGAGGCAGGCUCCUUAUAACUGCAGUGGCCGCUGUUGAAACCAAAUAUCCUGCUCAGACAGAACACCAACAAAGCUCUUCCUUGUCUUCUUCUGGUGCUUCAAAACCUUCUGAUGGUCUAAAUGGAGGUUCUGAUGAUGGAGAAGAGGUGGAUGACAGAGAAAGGCUAAGAAGGAUGAGGAUUUCCAAGGCUAAUAGAGGCAACACUCCUUGGAACAAAGGCAGGAAGCAUAGUCCGGAGACCCUACAGAAGAUUAGAGAAAGGACAAAGAUUGCAAUGCAAGACCCUAAGAUCAAGAUGAAGUUAUCAAAUCUCGGACACGCACAAAACGAGGAGACACGGUUGAAGAUUGGGGAGGGAGUGAGGAUGCGGUGGGCGAGGAGAAAGGAGAGGAGAAAAGUGCAGGAGACAUGUCAUUUCGAGUGGCAAAACUUGUUAGCAGAAGCUGCUAGAAAAGGAUUUACAGAUGAACAAGAGUUUCAGUGGGAUUCUUACAAGAUCAUGGAUCAGCAGAAUCAGCUGGAAUGGCUUGAGAGUAUAGAGCAGAGGAAAGCAGUUAGAGCAGCUAAAGGUAACAGAAGAGCUCCAAAAUCUCCUGAACAAAGAAGGAAGAUCGCUGAAGCAAUAGCUGCUAAAUGGGCUGAUCCAGCUUACCGUGAAAGGGUUUGCUCUGGCUUGGCAAAGUAUCACGGUAUACCUGAUGGUGCUGAGAGACGUCGUAGAAGACCAAGUGGAAAUGCAGAGCCUAGAAAGAAGAGUCCUACAAUUAAAACUACAAGAGAUUCAGAGACUGUACGCAAAGUUCAAGUUGUGAAAGUAAGGAAGCGCAGAACACCUGUGUAUAAAGAUCCUUUAGCGAGUUCAAAGCUGGAGAUGAUAAAAAGCAUCAGAGCAAAAAGAGUUGCUGAAGAGUCUAAGAAGAUGGAUGCUGUGCAACGAGCAAGGCUUUUGAUCUCUGAGGCUGAGAAAGCUGCAAAGGUUCUUGAGGUUGCUGCUAUGACAAGCCCUGUUGCUCAUGCAUCUUUGUUAGAGAGUAAAAAGCUUAUAGCAGAAGCAACACAGCUGAUUGAAUCUUUAGAAAUUAGCCAGGUGGCUUCAGAUGAAGAUGUGACUUACCAUCAGCCUAGUGAUACUCUUCUGGAGGUUUGCAGUGAAUCCGAGACAGAACAACCAGGAGAGGUAAACGGAACGCACACAUUCUCUAUCAAUGGAGAGAGUCUUCACUUGAACUUGAGGUGUAGUGAUUUGCCACAGCCAAAUGGGACAAGAAUUGAUCCACCACCACCAGAGUCUAAUGGAGCUAUCAAACUUACUAAGAGUCCACAUCUAUCAAAUGGUUCUGACGUUUGCCAUGGAAUGGAAGAAAAGGGUGAAUCUUUGGAAUCAGGGAAUGUAACUAAGAAGUGGGUUCGUGGGAGGCUAGUGGAAGUCACAGAAGCAACUUAAACUUAUUUUAUCAAGUGGACACGAGGUGAUGUUGUAGUGAUGUAGCAGAGAAGAAAAACAUAUUGUUCAAUUAGUGAUUCGAAAUUUUGGCUUCUUGUUUGGUCUCAUGCUUGAGAGAAGCAGUUUCCAGUUUGAGGUGUGGCAGUUGUAUCUAUAAUAACUCGAUUGUAUGUCAAGAGUUUCAGGUUAGUUAACAAUUAUCCAUAGCUUUCCAUUA